AUGAUCUCACAACUUAUAAAAAAAAGAAAUAAUAAUUAUAUUAAACACGUUACUUCAAAUAAUCAGAGUGAAGAAUUAGGGGAUGGAGCAUCUGAAUUACAAGCAGUACUUGAUAGCGAUCUUAAUGCCAAUAUUGAAAACUGCAUCACACAACUUAAUGCCGAUAUCAAAAACUUACAAGAUUUAGUCGAGGACUACAUCAAUAAUUUAAAAUUUGUUAAUAUCGAUUUUAAUGGAAUAAACCAACUUUUAAAAAUUUAUGGUUCCCAAACACAGAUUGAUCCACAGACACCAAAUAAGCCUUUAAUUAAAGCAGUAUUACAGCGCCAUGUUUUAACAAAAAUUUUGAAAUUUGCGGACAGUUAUUUUAAAAUAGAUUUUAAUCAAGUUGAUGAAAAUUUAUCAUAUUUUCUUGAGUCUAACAUUGCCUAUAAAACAAAUGACUUGAUCAAAUCCAUUGAAAGAUUAUCAUAUGAACGUGUUGGAUCAGAUCUUGUAACUCAAGCAGCGCCUAUUAAAUUACGUCAACAAAUUUUUGCCGUACUUGGUUAUCGCGGAUUCUCUGAUACAUUUGAAAAUGGUUUACAUCCUUAUAUUUCAGAAUGGCGAGAACAACUUAAUCAGUCUAUAAAUCGAUAUCGUUUAUACAAAGAUUCUAAAAAAAAUGCUUCGCUUAAUGAGAAAGCAAUUGGAUUAAUUAAAAUAUAUGAUAUUGAAGAAGCAUUUGUCGAUAUUUCUUCUUUCCCAAUGAUUGGGAGAGAUUUCAAUGAUUCAAAACGCAAAAUAUUCACUCUUGCUAAAGUUUUUUCACGAAUCAAACCUAAGAAACGAUCUAAUAAUGCUACGGAUUCUAAGAUGAAUGUGGAUUCUUCUAAUACUGAGAUUAAUAAAGGUUCCUCCAAAACGGAAGAUAUAGAAACUGAAUCUUUUAAAGUCGAAGCUUCCACUCCUAAACCAGAUUCAUCCAAAACUGAUCUUUCUAAAACUGUUGAUUCUUCAAAAACUUAUUCUUCUAGAAUUGAUGAUUCUUCUAAAACUGUUGAUUUUUCUAAAACUUAUUCAUUAAACAAAAUAUUAGAAGGCAUUACUCCUUAUAAA